AUCGUCGCUGGCAUGGCUUCUGCACCGGGAUGGUUUCUAUUAUUAUACCUGGGCUUCUGUGCGGCAUGGAUGGACGAGAGACCUGUUCUGGAGGCUCGAGACGGACAUCUCAUAAUCUCCAGUGCGAGAGACAGAAACAUCACUCUGAAGAUAAUGGGGGGCGGUUACGUGAACGUCAAUGAGAUCAAUCUGCUUCAUGUAGCAUCGGCGGCGCAAAAUGCGACCCGGGUCAUCGACAGGUGGCAGAGAGGAUAUCUCGCCGUGAUGGAGAACUCUCUUGAACGAUUAGCGACUAUAGUGACAGGCCCUUUGGGUUUACAGAGAAGAGUCGCUCUACUUGAAAGGGGCAUCGAUGCGAACGGCACGAAUCGUGCGGGAAACAGAUCACGUACACAGAAUUAUCCAAUACCGGGAUUCGCCAGAAAUAGCAUACGUCGUAUCAAUGUCCGACUCAAAGCCUUAGAAGACACGUUGAGAGCUAUGCAAACGCUACUCCGAGAAAAUGAGUGCCAAAGUAAUCCAUGUCAAAAUGGCGGUACGUGUGAGGAUCUCUAUGACGGCUAUCAAUGUCAUUGCACAUCAAAUUGGGAGGGUCCAAAUUGCAUGACAGAUGUCAACGAAUGCGCGAGAUUUCUUGGUACGGAUCUUGGAUGUCAGAAUAGGGCAACGUGUCGCAAUUUGCCUGGAAGUUAUCGAUGUGAUUGCUUGCCCGGAUGGUUUGGCCUUCAUUGCACGCAGAAAACGUCGAUUUGCAACGCGGAGAACUCCGGAGCGCUUUGCGGCGAACACGGCGUGUGCGUCGAGAAAAGUGGCUCCUCACUUGGAUACACGUGCAUCUGCGAUCAAGGAUGGCAGAAGGACGGCACAAACCCGGCUUGCAUCAAGGAUGUAGAUGAAUGUGCUGCGGACCAUCCACCCUGCUCCGUAAAUCCACCGGUACCGUGUCGCAACACACUUGGCUCGUUCACUUGCGGCGCCUGUCCGCAUGGCUACAGUGGGAAUGGCUAUUAUUGCACCGACAUUGACGAGUGUCUAAUUAAUAACGGCGGUUGCAGCACCUCGCCUUACGUGCAAUGCAUGAACACGUUGGGUUCCAGGGUAUGUGGCGCUUGCCCUUCUGGAUACCGGGGCGACGGCAUCAGUUGCAUCUACGUCGGUGGUUGCGCCAUCAACAACGGCGGGUGUCAUCCAUUAGCCAGCUGUACCGAGAAUCCAUCGCUUACAAGUUCUUAUGUGCUCUGUCGCUGUCCAGCGGGUUACAUCGGCAACGGAAUGGGACCAAACGGCUGUCAAAUUGAUGCAUCAGUUAAUAUAGCGUGCGCCAGCAACCCCUGCGUUUAUGGCAGGUGCACGCCAACCGGCGAAAAUGGCUUCACUUGCACGUGCAAUCCGGGAUAUUCAGGCACUACGUGUAACGUACGGGUCGAUCCGUGUUCGCCGAAUCCCUGCCGAAACAACGGUGUCUGCCAGAUUUUGGACGGACAAGUAACGUGUCAGUGUAGACCAAGCUUCACGGGAAGCAGGUGCGAAACUCCACGGCAAUCGUGCGGCGGUGUAUCACGAAAUCCUACGGGGAGACUUCAAUUCCCCAUGGGUGGUAGCACAUAUCAGCACGGAUUAAGCUGCGCAUGGGUGUUGAUCACGGAACCUUCUAAGGUUUUGAACGUCACCUUCUCUGCUUUCAAUCUUGAGCACUCCACGGAUUGCAAGUUCGAUUUCCUACAGAUCCAUGACGGCAGAAAUGCUGGUAGCCAGAUGAUCAAUCGAUUUUGCGGUGACACAUUGCCUAACGGGAACGGCAACAUCGUUUCAUCCCAUAACACCCUCUACUUAUGGUUCCAUUCAGACAGCAGUGUAUCUCGCGGAGGAUUUACUUUUGAAUGGAAUAGCAUCAAUCCUGUUUGCGGAGGUGUUUUAGAAAAUAAUUAUGGGACAAUUUCGUCUCCGGGUUCGCCAGGGAGGUAUCCGCCAAACAGAGACUGCUUCUGGACAAUUAAUGCUACACCAUCAAAAAGAAUUCAGUUCCACUUUGGUCUGGUGAUGCUCGAGGAACAUCCGACUUGCGAGAGCGAUUAUCUGGAGAUUACAGGUAUAGAUAACGAACGCUUAGGACUUUUCUGCAAUCACACGCGUCCGCCGCCAUUGAUCACACCAAGUUCCGAAGCAGAAGUUCACUUUCAUUCUGAUAGUGCUGGUCAAGAUGCUGGUUUCCAAAUCCAUUAUUCACUGAUUGAAGGUGUACCCGGUUGUGGUGGAAUGUAUACUACCCCCACGGGAACGAUCAGUUCACCCGGUCACGCAUCUUCAUCUUACCAACCGAACAUGGAAUGUGAAUGGAAAAUACAGCUGCCAAUGGGCGAACGAAUCAAAGCAUCAUGGUUACGAUUUGAUCUCGAGCACUCGAGCAGUUGCCAAUUCGAUUUCGUCGAGAUUUUCGAUGGACCUACCACGGAGUCUCAGCUACUUGGGAGAUACUGUGGAUCUGAUAUUCCACCAACAUUCAAAUCAAACUCGAAUACUAUAGUUGUGAUUUUCAAAUCCGAUUGGUCUUACGAACUGGAAGGCUUUACUCUGUCAUACGAGGCUUUAUGUGGCGGUGAAUUCCACGAUUCAACUGGGAUCCUCAAGUCGCCCUUCUAUCCAAACACCUAUCACGGUUCGAGGACAUGUACUUACGAAAUCGUACAACCGACUAAUAAAGGAAUCGUAUUGACGAUUGAAGACAUGGACAUCGAAGGCAGAGAACCACCAGAUUGUUACUACGAUUACCUCGAGAUCUACGAUGGUGAUAACGAAAAUACAACGAAGCUUGCCACGUUAUGCGGUGACGUGGGACACAUUCCAGCCGAGCCUUAUUACUCCACGCAUAACUACAUGUACAUAAAGUUUACGACUGAUAGCAGCAUCGAAGGCCGAGGCUUCAAAGCCAAUUACACGACCAUCGAUCGCAGAUGUGGCGGAAUGUUCAAAGAAUCGAAUCACGUGAUUCAGUCUCCCAUUGAAAAUGGAGUUUACGCCAACAAUGAACAAUGCAUUUGGACUAUUCAAGCACCGCCAGGAUACGUGAUACAACUUACCUGGCUGUCAUUCAAUUUGGAAUAUCAUGUUCAUUGCGUCCAUGAUUACGUCAACAUCUAUGAAAAUUACACGGCAUCUGAGGAAGAUAUAACAGCUAAAUAUUGUGGUACUACUAAACCGCCCGACAUAACGACACAAACUCGCACGCUCACCAUACUAUUCCACACCGACUCGAGUAUUACGAGCGACGGAUUCGUCGCUACGUAUAUUUUUGUGGAUGCAAUGAAAGUGUGCGGUGGCCGUUACAUGAAAUCAAACGGCGUUAUUAAAUCGCCAAACUAUCCAAAUUAUUAUCCAAACAAAAAGGAGUGCACUUGGAUUAUCGAAGCGCAGAACAAGCACAGAAUCGUGCUAACGGUGGAAAGCUUCGAGUUAGAGGACCAUUCCAGCUGCGCAUUCGAUUACUUGGAAAUUAGGAACGGUGGUUACGAGUCUGCACCGCUAAUCGGCAAGUUUUGCGGUACAGAAAUACCUACUGAAAUACCAAGCCAAACCAAUCAAAUGUACAUUAAAUUCGUUUCGGAUUUCUCAAGAUCGAUGGAAGGCUUUUAUAUACGAUGGGAUAGCACCACGAUAGGAUGUGGUGGUACAAUGAACACGGUCACUGGGGAUAUCAUGUCACCGUAUUACCCCGAACUUUACCAGGUAAACGCCGAUUGCUACUGGAAGAUCGCCGUAGCGGCGGGCAGUUUAGUGCAACUCGAAAUAGUGGAUCUUGAUCUCGAACAGCAUUCGAAAUGUCGAUUUGAUUUUAUCGAAGUAUUCGAAGGCAUCAGUCAUCGUACAAAUGGAAGACGUUACUGCGGUACCACAUACCCGACGACCAUCCAGGCCAAAUCCAAUCAGAUGACUGUUCGAUUCCGCAGCGAUUUUAGUACUGCCGGUCGCGGUUUUCAUCUGAAGUACAAAACGCAGUGCCAUAACAAACUGCACGGCUAUUAUGGUGUGAUCGAGUCACCGAAUUUCCCCAACAAGUAUGAGCACUCGACAAACUGCAGUUGGAUCAUCGAGGCUCCGAUUGGUAACACAAUAAAUUUGACUUUCUCGCACUUUGAUCUCGAAGGAAGCACCGCGGAUAUCACAGAACGUUGCCAGUAUGACUAUCUUCAAAUCAAUGAAGGCGAUGACGACACCCCAAACACCGAGCUGGGUCGCUUUUGUGGAUCUAUCGAUCUACCAAAGAAAAUUAAUUCAACGCAACAUCAAGUGUUCAUAACGUUUAUCACGGAUUCUUAUGUUGCCUUUAAUGGUUUCCGACUCGAAUGGACGGUGAAUGGUUGUGGUGGUCACUUGACUAAACCGUUUGACAAUUUCACGUCACCUCAAUACCCGUUCUCUUAUCCGAUGAAUGUCGAUUGCGAAUGGCUGAUUGAAGUGGAUCACACAUACAGCGUCGAACUCACUCUUCACAAUGUGGAAACCGAAAAGGCAUUCAAAGGCACGGUGUGUCCCUACGACAAAAUCCAGAUUUACGGUGGCGAGGACUCGGACGCGCCAAAAUUGGUCGAGCUUUGUUACUCGGACAAGCCAGUGAUAUACACUAGUCCCGGCAACAAGAUGUUCGUGAAAUUCCACUCGGACGUAUCGUAUGCUGGUCGAGGAUUCAACGCAAGUUACAGAAGCGUUCCUAUCCAAUGUGGCGGUAGAUUUACAGCGAACUCAGGCGUCAUUCACUCGGCCAAUUACCCGCAAAAUUAUCCACAUAUUCAGGAUUGCGAGUGGCUGCUGGAAGUUGACAGCAAUCAUCUUGUAAACCUCACAUUCCUGGAUUUUGAUAUCGAGAACAGUAGAAAUUGCACGGAUGACUAUGUUAAGGUCUUUGAUGGGCCAACGAAGGAUGAUCCAUUACUGGGAACGCAUUGCCAUAAUCAGCUACCACCGGCCUACAUUUCGAGUAGUAAUCAGAUGUUAGUGGUCAUGCGGACUGACAGUAUAAUCUCCGCCAAAGGGUUCAAAGCGAGAUACACCAGAUCCUGCGGAGCACGUAUAAUCGUGAAGGAUCACGGUUUCCUCACACCCUCGUCUGACUACAUCAGUACAGACACACACAAUCCUAAUUGUACAUGGACGUUAAUAGCAGAAGAUCCAGCCGAUCAUGUGACCAUAACUUUCACGCAUAUGGAGAUUGACCCGCUCGAAAUUAGCGGACGCUUGGAUUCUUAUUUGGGCCCCUGUUCCUUGGACUACGUCCAGGUGUUCGAGGGUGAAGGCAUGGAUGGUCCGCUUCUAGGAAAAUGGUGCGACAAUAUCACACCACCACCAGUUACGAGUACCGGAAGUUCGCUCACCGUGCACCUAUACAGCUCAAACGAAGAGUUACUCGGCCACUUCGCCGCAGCUUAUUCUGUUCUGAAUACAGCCUGCGGUGGAAAUUACACCUCCGAAAAAGGAGCAAUCACCUCGCCGGGUUAUCCGAACAGUUACCCCCUAAACGCGGAAUGCGUUUGGGUUUUGAACACCUCCCCCGGUAACAGGGUCACUCUCACAUUCUCCGAGUUCGAUAUCCAAUCCAGCGAAAACUGCGAUCUGGAUUAUCUGGAGAUACGGGAGAACAGCGGGAUCGGAAAACUCAUUAGCGUUUCUUGCGGCAAGGAUGUCGCGUCGAUUACGUCCUCCAGCGUACUCUGGAUUAAGUUUAAGAGCGACAGCUCGGGCACCGCCAAAGGUUUCGUGGCCGAAUACAAUUACGUCGGAGGAAACGAACUCGAAGGACCUUCUGGACGCAUUACCUCGCCGUUGUAUCCAAAGCCUUUCAGGCGAGUAGCUGAGAUAUCGUGGCGCGUCACCGUCGACAUGGAUUCGAUCAUACGCGUCGAAUUCAGCGAUCUGCGUAUGGAAAAGUUCUUAACGACGUGUGUCUCUAACGUUAGAAUAUUUGAUGGAUAUGAUAACGAAGCGCCAGUUCUGCUAGACGCAUGCGGCUACUCCCAGCCAGAACCAGUAGUAUCAUCCAGUAAUGUGAUUUUCAUCCAAAUGAAAGCCGAGUAUACGAGACAGGGAAUGUUCUUUGAUCUUACUUGGCUCCAAAUACCGAGAGAAUCUUCAGAAAAUAACAAGGAGACUAAAUUGUCAGAGUGCAACAUGGAAGUAGCACUAAUGAGUGAUCGCAACCACACGUAUACGUUCAGUUCUCCCGGUUGGCCGACCGGCUACGCGCCCAAUGUGCAUUGCAAUUGGGUGUUCACGUCGCCACCCGGAACGCAUUUGGUGCUGAGGAUAAUAACUAUGAAUUUGGAAGAAAGCAGCGAGUGCAUAGCGGAUUCGGUGUCUGUUUAUUCAGGAUACGCGUUAACGUCGACGGACAAUGCUAAAUUGGAGAGCAAGUUAUGCCUGUCGAACUCCUCCACGGCUUUGAUCAAAGCGAGCAACGUGAUGACAGUGAAAUUCGACACGGACGCAUUCGUCAAUAAAACCGGCUUCAACGCAUACGUAUAUCGAGAUUGCGGAGGUGAAUUAACUGGCCCGAACGGCGUGAUCGAGCAUGAAAAUAGCUCUUACACGAGAGGGAUUCGCACGUGGCAGUUCACAUGCGAGUGGAUCGUAACGGUGAAACCCGGCAGAACUAUCAAAGUCCAAAUUAUCGAUAUGUCGAUACAAGAAACGCCCGAUCAUACAUGCGGUACUAAUAGUUUGCUGCUGAAAAAUGGAAACGGAAUGCUUUCGCCGCUGUUAGGUAACGGGAAAUAUUGCGGCAAUGUAUUACCACCGGAACUAGAAACCACUGGAAAUCAACUUUACGUUAAAGCUACUGGCAAUGGUCCUUACCUCAACUUUAAGCUUACUUACAAGGAAGUAAGUAUGAAUUGUGGCACCGACUUUACCUUGACAAACAAACAGAACAAUUGGGAAAUAACAACCCCGAACUAUCCAAACAUUCCUCCAACAUAUUCCGAAUGUACUUGGAAAGUGAGUGCACCGACAGGAGAUAGGAUCUCUAUUCAUUUUCCGGAAAGAUUCGAUUUAAGCAACACUAAAGACUGCGAAAGGGAAUACGUUGAAAUAAGGGACGGCGGUACCGACGGUUCGAGACUCAUGGGAAGAUUUUGCAAAGAUGUAGCACCCAGCACCAUGACCACUACUGGCAACAUGAUGUAUAUCUACUUUUACACGGACGUGGCGGAACCCAAGAAUGGCUUCAAAGCCGUCAUUACUUCAGGAGAAGUCUGCGGUGGAAUUUUGCGCGGUACUAGCGGCAUCAUCAAGUCACCUAAUUAUCCGCAUAGCUAUCCUAAGAAUCAAUCUUGCACGUGGCUAAUAAUAGGACCAACGGAGCACACGUUGAAAUUAGAAUUCCGCGAUAUACAUCUUCCUGGUUUCCGCCACUGCGAAUUAACCGAUCGCGUGGAAAUUUCAGAGAAAAUUAAACUAGAAAAUGAGACCAUCUCAAAACUUGGAACUUACUGCGGUCUUCGUAAACCGGACAUGAUUGAAACAUCAUCGAACGAAGUAUACGUGCACUUUCAGAGUGAUAAUAGGGACUACAUGAGUUUCAGGGGUUUCAGCAUAAACUUCACCGCUAGCCAGGAAACGUGCGGUGGUUCAUUAACCGCUUUAAGUGGAAUAAUUAAGUCACCCGGAUAUCCUCAUCCGCGUAUACGGCCCAGAUAUUGUGAUUGGCGAAUCGUGUUACCGAUGGGUUAUCAAGUCGUGGUGAAUAUUCUUGAUCUAGACAUCAUUAAUGAAUUUCCAUCCACAGGCGUGGGAUACGCACUUACAUUCUAUAACGAUUAUCGAUUUAAAUCGAAAAUCAAAGUCUUAGGUCAGGGCAGCACUACUCAGGAGAUCAAAAGUUCCAGUAAUACCAUGCUCAUCGCCUAUUGGUCUUCCGUGGGGCACCGGGGUUUCAAACUUCGCUAUUCAGCUCAGAUUCCAGCUCCUUGCGGUGGAAAUCUGCGAGAGCCUGCUGGCAAUAUAACGGGUCCUAGAAGCUUGCCUUUUAAUGAAAGCUCGUACGUCUGCAACUGGAAAUUGGAACCACCCGAAAGCAUGAUUGAUCUUGCCAACAAUACCGGCUUAACGUUAACGAUAAAAGUUUCCGGCUUCUUAGGCCGAACCGAUAAUGCAGCCGUGCAGUCAUACAAUCUUAUACAUUUUCGUACUUACUCUCCAAGAAAUUGCUUUAUUCCUCAGUACAUCGUACUUCAGGAUAUUGGAAUAAUAUGUAGAAAUCUGACGGAACCGGCAUAUUUGAGAAGCCCGAAGAUAGUCAACGAAUUGACGAUGAUAAACGGCACUUAUGGGAAACGUAUGGACGUCAGUUUGGAAUAUCAGUGGCAAUCAUGUGGUGGUAUUUUACAAGGUCCAUCUCACACCAUUAAAGCGCCAAAGAACAUUCUGUAUCCAGUAAAUUGCGCUUGGCAUAUAGAUUAUCCUGCUGGUGAUACAUUCAAGCUCUCUUUCACCAAGCUGCAACUUGAUUUAAAUUGUGACAGAGCUUUCUUCAUUAUCAGGAAUGGCGAAGCGAUGGCACCGCAAAUCGAGAAACUCUGCGGUCACACCGCGCACUCGGGGCAUGAAAUUAACAGCAUAUCGAACCAGUUGUGGAUUGAAUAUUUCUCAUCUGGAAAUUCAAGCGAUUUUGAAUUCAAAACGGAUAUUAUCAACACCGGAUGCGGUGGAUCAUUGCACGGUUCCAAUCGGGAGAUUUCAUCUCCGCACUUCCCCAAACAAUAUCCGAACAACAGCGAAUGCACGUGGGAAAUAAUGGGUGACAAUGGGUAUCACAUAGGCUUGGCUUUCGUCGACCGUUUCAGCCUGGAAACUAGCCAUAAUUGCGAAAACGAUUAUGUAGAGGUGUUCGAUUGGAUCCGAAAAGAUGGAGAUUAUGAUAAUGGUGAAUGGAGGGGUCUCAGCAAGGUCUGCGGCAGGAACUCACCUCCGCCCUUUAACUCCACGUCAAACCGCAUGAAAGUGAUUUUCCAUUCGAAUGAGGCAGUACGAUCGGACGGUUUCCACGCCGUCUGGAGCGAGAAUUGCGGCGGUAUAUUCCAGGCGACCGAGAGAAUCAACAUCAUACAAUCACCGUCAUAUCCCGGCUUCUAUCCAUCCAACGCGUUCUGCAAUUACACCAUCGUUGCGCCAAACGAAGACAUUAUCAUCGAAUUCACCGACUUCCAGCUUGAGCGCGGUCGCUCAAAUUGCCGCUUCGAUAACGUCACAGUCAUAACAGAAAGUCUGUAUACGCAUUAUAAUAUGGAAGAUACAGAGAUCUAUUGCGACAACAAGAAACCGCCACUUUUGAGAUCUCUCUCGAAGGUGCAAAUUAUCUUCAUGACAGAUAGAUACGUGCAGCGAACCGGGUUCCAAUUCAAAUAUUUCAUCAACAAAUGUGGCGGUAUAAUUACGAAACCCAGUGAGCUCAAGCCUUUGAUGCACGGUGAGGAGUACUUUGGACGUAUGAAUUGUACUUGGAUUAUUAAAGCGCCGCAAGGCAAGAGUGUGCUUGUACGGUUCGAGAAGUUCAUCCUUGAGCACAGCACAAGUUGCUACUUCGAUAAUGUCGCCGUUUACGAGGGUGAUUUCGUUAAUCCGGACAAACGGCUAGGCCUGGUUUGCGGAAACUUGACUAGAAAUUUGCCAUUAUUCAAAUCCGACUCCAAUUCUAUGGUCGUCAACUUUAACGCAGACAGUUCGAGGCAUUUCGAAGGUUUCACUGCCAAGGUACUCUUCGUCACAAGUCCAGCCGAUGGUUGCGGAGAGACCAUCAACAUGACUUCAAUCCAAUCUAAAUCGUUCAGAACUCAGCUGGCGGCAACUUAUCAGCCGUUCGAAGAGUGUCACUGGACUGUAGUGACAUCACCGGGAAAAAAUAUCAGACUUACAAUUAACAGCAUGGAUAUCAGGAACUCGAUUAAUAACACUCAAAGUGAUAAAUGUACCGGUGAUUAUCUUGAGGUCCGAGAUGGCGGAGGACUUUAUGCCGAAAUGCUCGGUCAAUAUUGCGGUAACGUACUGCCACUUCCCAUAGUAUCUGUCUCGAACAAAUUGUGGAUCAGAUUACACACUGACGGUACUGCCGAAGGUACCGGCGCAACGGCCACUCUUGAUGUUAUCGAGUCACUCUGUGGUCUAACUAAUCGAGUUAUAAAUGACACAGUGAAAGUACUUACUUCGCCUGGUUAUCCUAAUACAUAUUCACCUGGAAUGAAAUGUCGCUGGACCAUGCGGCACGUAGAUGAAUAUCAUUCUUUAAUAACAGCGCGAAUUCGAUUUACAGAUUUCGAUAUGGAAGACUCUAAUAAAUGCGAAAAUGAAUAUGUGGAAAUUUCCGAGCAUAAUGAAUUUAUAAGCGAAGGCUUCGGAGCAGACUUUAUUUACGCCGGCACAAUGAAGCAUCCUGUUACCGUCGAGCUUGGUAGCCGUUUUCCUUAUACAUCAUACAAAUAUUGUGGCACUCAAUUACCGCAUGAAUAUUAUAGUUAUAGUAACGAGUUCCAAGUGACUUUUAAAUCGACGUCCAGCGGUCACAAAGGCUUCAAAUUGGAGUACAGCACGGCGAAUUGCGAUCGGAAUUACACGAGUGAGCAAGGACGAAUCGCUCAUCACGGAUUUACGAGCUGCUGGAUCUCGAUCACUGUCCCAGCAAACCGCACUAUUUCCUUGUAUUUCGUUCAAUUCAACCUUUAUGACGCAGAGCACUGCACGCACAACGCAUUGCAAGUUCACGAUGGUGACUCCAGCGGACCGCUCAUAACGACGCUAUGCAACGCGGGGAUACCGAACCCGAUUUUCAGCACCGGCAACAAACUCACCCUGCAUUCGUGGACCGAGAGCGCCAACUUUUAUCAAAAUUACGACAUCAUUUACACGACCACUGACGCAGGUCGAGGUUGCGGAGGUCACAUAUUCAAUUUCGGCGGCAGAUUCACCUCGCCAUUGUAUCCUAGCACAUACCGCAAUAAUACCGUGUGCACUUGGGACGUGAGCGUACCACGAGGCUUCAAGAUUAUUCUGCAGUUUCUCGCCUUCGACAUCGGCACGAGGAGGAAUUGCGAGAAUAAUAAUGUCAAAUUUUAUGACGUUGUUCCCGAGCAACUUUUACGCAGCACUUACUGCGGCGGGGAUGAUCCAGCGAGAUUCGAAGCUGAAACUAAUCGAGUUCUCGUUGAAUAUGCUUCAACAGUGAACAAUGUUGGAACAGGAUGGGUUAUUGCGUUCAUGGCACAGUCGAUGGAGCAUCCGGUUGAUAUAAUGGACAAUUGGACAUAAGGAGAACAUCAAGACUGCGAGAAAUAAUAGAUGAAAACGUAAAUGUUGUAAAUAGAAAGAAUUUAAUAAUACGACAAACGUCUCUUCGA